CGGCUGAGACGUAUGGGGCUACAACGGGAGCGGCUGCGCCGCCCGGUCGGGUCAGCGUCCUGCGCAUGCGCGGAGCCGGCGCCAUUUUGGUGGCCGGGCACCGAGGUGAUUCCAUACUGAAGAGAGCGAGGCGGCCGGGGUGGCAGUGGCAGUGUUCGUGUGCUCGGGUGUGAAUCGCCGAAGGAGGAGGCGGUGGAGGAAGAGGUGGCGGCGGUGGCGGUGGUCGUAGCGGUGGCGGAGGAGGCGGGUACGAAUCAGCUGCGGGCGGAGACAUGGCCAACAUCGCGGUGCAGCGAAUCAAGCGGGAGUUCAAGGAGGUGCUGAAGAGCGAGGAGACGAGCAAAAAUCAAAUUAAAGUAGAUCUUGUAGAUGAGAAUUUUACAGAAUUAAGAGGAGAAAUAGCAGGACCUCCAGACACACCAUAUGAAGGCGGAAGAUACCAACUAGAGAUAAAAAUACCAGAAACAUAUCCAUUUAAUCCCCCUAAGGUUCGGUUUAUUACUAAAAUAUGGCAUCCUAAUAUUAGUUCCGUCACAGGGGCUAUUUGUUUGGAUAUCCUGAAAGAUCAAUGGGCAGCGGCAAUGACUCUCCGCACGGUCUUAUUGUCGUUACAAGCACUGUUGGCAGCCGCAGAGCCAGAUGACCCACAGGAUGCAGUAGUAGCAAAUCAGUACAAACAAAAUCCUGAAAUGUUCAAACAGACAGCUCGACUUUGGGCACAUGUGUAUGCUGGAGCUCCAGUUUCUAGUCCAGAAUACACCAAAAAAAUAGAGAACCUAUGUGCUAUGGGCUUUGAUAGGAAUGCGGUAAUAGUGGCCUUGUCUUCAAAAUCAUGGGAUGUAGAGACUGCAACAGAAUUGCUUCUGAGUAAUUGAUUUACCACCUGUAUGAGUGAGAGAGCUGCGUAUAGUCAAGCUUGCCCCUUCUUGAGGAGCAUCAACAUCUGUUAUUUUUAGGAUUCUGCAUAGAUUUCUUUUAAACUGGCAUUCUUGCCUACUGAUGUUAUCUAGGCACCAUUGGAGACUGAAAAAAAAAGAGAAAAAUCCCUGCUCUGUAAAUAAAGCUAAUUAAACGUCUGUGUAAAUUGAAAAAGGGGAAAUACUUUAAUUUUUUUCUUAAUAGUGUAAAAAUUCUUUGAGCUAAGGUAAAACUAUGGAAAAAACAUGCUACUUUAGUGUUUAGCAGUGUACCAAGACUAGCAAGAGUUUGCUUCAGGAUUUUGUUGAAUAAUUAAGGUAAUAUUUUGAGUGUGUCAGGGCCAUUCAAAUUGUUGGUGUUGCAUCACAGUUACCUUAACUGUUUUUAACAUGGAUCCUCUGUGCCUGUGAAUUUACUUGCAUGCUUGUACUUGACUUCUUAGGAUGGGUAGCUGAAAAUACCACCAUUUUAAGCGUUUGAGAAUUCUUAAAUAUGAGAUUUAUCUAGAAUUGAAGAUGGUGACCUAUUCAGAGCCUUUUUGUCCUUGUCAACAGACUGGGACACCGUAUCUAUUUUUCCCUCUUACCACACACAGCUAAUAUUCUAAUAGUAAAUUUCUCUAUAUUUGGUGGGGAAAUAUGCUGAGGGGCAGUAUCCCUUGCUCCAUUUUCAGGUCGUCCAUGUGGAAUGUUUUGUCAUAGUUCUUCACUCUUAAGACGUUCCUAUAUAAGUAAGUAAAAAUGUAAAAAUGGAGCUGUCAAUUUUGUUUCUCUUGCAAAACCAGUAAAUACUUGAUGAUGCAGUAUUCCCAAGAUUUAAUGAAAGAACCCAACUUAAUUUUUCAGUGUAUUCGACAUCUUUUCUAUUUUUAAACUGAUGAAAUUUUUCUUUGAGAACUUGAAAGGAUAAAAUCAACUGUUGGCAGUUUUUUUAGCCUAAUUUUGGCAUUAUAGAGAUUGCUUUAUUGGAUACUUUAAAAGUCACUCUUGCUUGCAUUUCCUCCUAUUGACACAUGAAAGCUGUGUUGGUGUUUUACUGUACAUACUUCAAAUGCACAUAGGAAUAGAAGUGUGUUAUAAAUCUAGCUUUCUUUAUGAUGUUUCUGAUAAUAUGAGAAUUGAAAACUUUACCUUCUCUUGUACAUAAGUCAGACUUUCUAUUCGUAUUGAAGUUACAUUUCAUUCUAAGUUCAAAAGUUUGAAAAUUGUUAGUUUUGCAAGCUCAAACACUAAUGUGACCAUUUUAUGAAGGUUGAAAUGGAUUUAUGCAGGCAGUUCUAUACAUAGAAACACAGUUCUUAUUAAAUUUUCAGGACCAAUGCAAAAUAACAAAAAUGUAAUGGAAUCAGAAUGAAUUAAAGUAAGGCUGUAUAUUGAAAGUCAUAUUAUAAAAGGUUUGCUUUCUUUUAAGUGUUAUUCUCAUCCUAAAUUAUAAUCAUUAAGUGUUUGGAAAAUAAUUUUGAACCAUAAAUUCAGCAUAAUUUCAUUUGACUUCUCAAUAAUCUUAGAAGCAAUAAAAGAACCAUUGUUAAAUAUAUUGUAAUGUUAAAGAUGUGAAGGUUCUUCCAAAAACUUGCAAGGCUUUCCUAAUCAAUGGUAAACUCUUCUAGUUGAUAUUAUUGCAUACUAAACACAAGUUGCUGUGUUUUUAUCCCCUCUAUGUUUGCUUAAGCAUAAAUUUCUUUAUACAAUCACCUCCUUUCAUUGUAGUUUAGUUACUUUUCUAAAGAUGCCAAAGGAAACAAGAAUUUUCUUUAUUUAUUUUAAAUAACUAAAACUUUGUACUUUUCUUUAUAUUUUGAAGUAAGGUUGGAAUUGUGUGAAAAUGUGGACAGUUUUGUUGCAUUAUUGGUUAGAAUUUUUUAAUUUUAGUGGAGGGCAGCUUGGUAAUAUUAGUAAUAUUUGAGUUAUUUUAAAUCUCAAACACAUCUACCCAGUUUACUAUUUGCCUAUAUUAUCAGGGUAUAUUUAAUUGUCCUGUGGUUAGACAAAGGAGAGAACUCAGAGGUUACUAAAGGUCAAGCAUUACAUACUUAGCUCUAGAAAGCAGCUAUAAUCUUGCCUUUGAUUUUUAUGCACAUUAGCCCUGUAGGGUAUCUACUCAUCUUAACUAUGUUUCAGCAUCCCAGUGCCCAGGAAAUUUAAAAGUACAAUCAAUAUUUGGUAUGAGAGGUUCUCCAUAAUGGAUUUCAUUUCAAAAUUUAUUUACCUCAUUUUCAUUUAAUGUGAUAAUCCCCCUUUCCUUUCUGGUAUAUUUCCCACUGUCAUCCUGUUGUUUUUCUUUGUUUAGUUUUUGUUUGUUUUUUCACUUCUCUGCAGGUAGUUUUAUUUCCCUUCAAAUAGAAAUUAAGGCAAUUCCUUUUUUUCUCUGGUCUUAUAUAUGUUUUGGGAAAAGGACACUAGAAGUACAGGUAUAAGGAAAAGGUACCCUGGUGAAAAUUAUUUUUGUAAUUCUCAAUUUGUUGUGAUUCGUCAGUUUUAAAGGUCUCAAAAAUUAUGGUUAAAAAUCUAUAUAGUGAUAUCCUAUUUAGGACAGCCAGAUUUGCUAGAACUCACUGAUACUCCAAUAGGCUUUUAUUGUAAUCAAGUCUACUUCAUGAGUAUGUGCCUCACUUUUAAAAGAACGAAUAAUUAGUUGUAUAGUAUUUCAGUACAGAUUACUGAAUAUGAAUAAAUAGCAAUUUGUGACCCAAACAAGUAUACAGUAAGUAGUAUAUAAAUAUUUGAGGAACUUGUACUAAAUUAGAUGCUCUGAGUUAGCUCCCGCAAAUGUUUGGAAUUUUGACUGUGGUUUACUUAGACAUGCAUACUUAUAUUUGUUUAGAUUCUGAGUAUUUUGCUUUUGAGGAGAAUUAUCUAUGAAAUGAAAGUAAGUCUGAUUUGGGGGCGGUGAAAGCAUUUCACAUUUGUGAUUGUUGGUGGCGCUUAAAACUAUGCAAAAUAAUUUUUUAAAGUAUAAGAAAAUUGGCAGUUAAAGUGGAUAUUGCUUCUUCAUGCACUACAGAAUGUAGCAUAUCAUGUUACUGUUUAGGCUGCUUAAUAAGUUUAUCAAUGUGAAAAGCAGAUCUUGGCUGUAAAUGUAUGCCUGAUUUGAGCUUUUAAAACUUUGCAAUAGGAGUUAUGAUGAUGUUUCCAUAUUCUUGUAGCAAUAUAGGAAAUAAAGCAUUUUGUCGUUUCAAAGAUUUAAGAUGGAUUUGGGCAGGGAAGCGUUGGAGCCAGGUAUACUUUCUUGUACAUAGAUGGAAACAAUGGAUAUGAAAAAGGAAGCCGUCUGUUUACAGUUAACUUUAUUUCAUGGACUUUUACAAAAUGAUGUUGUGUUAAUCACUUUUUCUAGUUAAAGAAAUUUCAAUUCCAGGGUAUAAACCAUUGAAAAAUUUGCAUUUUCAUUCUUUUAGUACCAGUUUGAAAUAAAUGUUUGAUAUCAGCUAUUUGCUAUCACUGGGGAAGAAGGCAACUUGAAGUAUUUACUGAUAAAUAGCCUUCUUCCCAAAUGUGACUUUUCUGCAGUGUCUACGUAUUAUGUCACACGUUCUAUUUGCACUGUUGCAAUAUGGAUCAAAAAUCUUGUGGCACAGGGGAAGGGGAAUGUCAGUAUCUCCCUUGUCCUGUUUGUUCUGUUACUGCUUUAUUGGACUGAUCUACCCUCAUAAACCUGUGAUCAUCACCUAAAUGUAAGUUGUGAGUGUGUCACCUGUUGCUUGGUUAUUUCAACCAUGCUGCUAUAUGUAAUCAGGUGUGGCACAGUUUAUCAGUUUUGUUCUAGGGGAUGAGUGGAUACAAAUCAUUGCACUGUGCUGUUAACCAAUCCUUGUGUGCUUGCAGUUACUUUUUACAGGCAUCAUAAUAAAAGCUAGACUAUUUCUUUUGGGGGGGAAGAGACUUAUUUAAUGUAAUUUAAAGACUUUUCCAAUAGAAAAUGAAAUACUAUUGAAAAUAAUAUCUAUUUUUUAGCUUUCAGCAAUUGAUGGUGCUUUGUUGUGGUGUCUGCUGGAAGUCUACUGCCAUUAUAGGGAUUCUCAUUAACCUCACCAAGAAAGAAUCUUGCUUGUUAGUUUCUCUAGAUCUCUAUUCUAAACCAUCUGUUAGUGAUGAUAAAUUCUGUAGGAAGGUCUAUUCUGAGCCGUUAACUUCCUGUAAGGGGAAAAUGGGUGGGUUACCAGAAAGACCAUGAAGCAGGGUGGGCUGUGGGUGGAGGGUUGGGUGUUUGUCUUGAGAAUUAAAACUACGAAACACUUUUGUACACAACUGAUUUUUUUAAAAAUAAACACAUUUUUUAAAAUGUUGAAUUUUUUCCCCCCCUUACUGGGAAUUCUUAAAAAUAAAUGCAUGCAUGUUUUCCCCUGAAAA